AUGUCCUCUGCAGAGAACGGCAGCAUUUCGCAGGGCGAGGGCAAGGAUCCCUCCAGCUUCCUGAGCGACAUCAUCGGCAACCCUGUCAUCGUGAAGCUCAACUCGGGCGUAGUCUACAAGGGCGAGUUGCAAUCGGUGGACGGCUACAUGAACAUCGCGCUGGAAAAGACGGAAGAGUACGUCAAUGGCAAGAAGAGGCGGGAUUACGGAGAUGCUUUUGUGCGAGGAAACAAUGUAAUGUACAUCUCGGCGGACUCAUGA